GCCCUACCGCAGCGCGGGUGGCUGGGACCUUUGGUGGUGGGGGUUGUCGAGGUCGCGCAGAGCUGUGGGUUCUGCUCUCUUUGACGGCGCCCCAGCGCGAACAGCUGUCGCCAUGUCGUCAGUGAGCCCCAUCCAGAUCCCUGGACGCCUCCCGCUGCUGCUCACCAAUGAGGGCGUGCUACUGCCUGGCUCCACCAUGCGCACCAGCGUAGACUCGGCCCGCAACCUGCAGCUGGUGCGGAGCCGCCUGCUUAAGGGCACGUCGCUGCAGAGCACAAUCCUGGGGGUGAUCCCCAAUACGCCGGACCCGGCCAGCGACGCGCAGGACCUGCCGCCGCUGCACAGGAUUGGGACGGCUGCCCUGGCGGUUCAGGUUGUAGGCAGUAACUGGCCCAAGCCUCACUAUACUUUGCUGAUUACAGGCCUGUGCCGUUUCCAGAUUGUACAGGUCUUAAAAGAGAAGCCAUAUCCCGUUGCUGAAGUGGAACAGUUGGACCGGCUUGAGGAAUUUCCUAACACCUGUAAAACUAGGGAGGAGCUAGGAGAACUAUCAGAACAGUUUUACAAAUAUGCAGUACAAUUGGUUGAAAUGUUAGAUAUGUCUGUCCCUGCAGUUGCUAAAUUGAGACGCCUUUUAGAUAGUCUUCCAAGAGAAGCUUUACCAGACAUUCUGACUUCAAUUAUCCGAACGAGCAACAAAGAGAAGCUCCAGAUUUUAGAUGCGGUGAGUCUAGAGGAACGGUUCAAGAUGACCAUACCGCUGCUCGUCAGACAAAUUGAAGGCCUGAAAUUGCUUCAGAAAACCCGAAAACACAAGCAAGAUGAUGAUAAGCGGGUUAUAGCAAUACGUCCUGUUAGGAGGAUUACACACAUCCCAGGAGCUUUAGAAGACGAUGGCGAGGACGAAGACAAUGAUGACAUUGUCAUGCUAGAGAGAAAAGUACGAACAUCCAGUAUGCCAGAGCAGGCCCAUAAGGUCUGUGUCAAAGAGAUAAAAAGACUCAAAAAAAUGCCUCAGUCAAUGCCAGAAUAUGCUCUGACUAGAAAUUAUUUAGAACUUAUGGUGGAACUUCCUUGGAACAAAAGUACAACUG